CAUAAUCGCAUCAGACAAAAACUUGGCAAUGUCGCGUGUUCAUUAUUGCAUGGCAAUGCUUUUUUAUGCGCAACAUAUGCCAAACUUGUGCAUUGUUUUCAUUUGUGAUGCUUUAGUGGCAUUUCAUGGCGGCAAAAAGUAUACAAAAAACAAAAUAUAAAUUUGUGGUGAAAAUGGCGGAUUUAUGUGAAAAAAAGUGGACCCAUGACAGGAAGAAAUUACUUAUAGAAAUAAGAUUGAAGUACGAGCCAGAUUUCGUUGCAAAAAAAAAAAAGAGGAACACACUUUGGGAGCAAAUAAUGCGGGAUGUGAAGGGAAUAGAUAACACAUUCCCAUUCUCCAAGGACGAAAGUACCAGAUGUUUUGUAAAUAUAAUGGGCACCUACAAACGUAUAAAAAAACGCAACAACACAUCAUGGGAAGGCGCAACAAAUUGGGAAUUUUUCCAAACAUUGGAUGAAGUUUUCGGCAGCCGCAGUAGUGUCCUUGUGCCUGAUGCCAUGCUGGAAUCUUCCCUUAAUUCCUUAAUGCAAGAUUUAAGUAAUGAUCCACCCGAUAGCCCUACGGUGCUGGACUUAGAUGCAACAUUACCUAGUACUAGCACUCCAAGAAAUAAACUAACAAGAAAAAUGAAUGUGUUAGAGUUUUUAAACAAGGAAUCGGAAGAAGAUGCCAAAGUUAUGAAGAAAUUGCUGGACACGGAGGCAGAGAAGCUAGCAGUGGAGAAAGAAAAAUUGGUCGAAUUGAAAGAAAUUCGUACACUGUUCCAGAAAAUACUCGACAAAUCUUAGAAUUCGAGUAUGUUUCAUAUUAAAUUUUAAGUGCAAUGAAUUGUUUUUUGUUUAUUUUUUUUCCUAUAAGUGCAAAAUGAACUGACUGUGAUUUUAUUUUUAUUUUUUCUUUAUUGGGUUUAAUAAAGUUAAAAAAACAACUAUAACUUUAAAGUUUUAACUGUUUUCAAUUAGGCAGACAAUAGCGUGGCCAGUGCAUCCCUUUUUGCUUUUGCCUCCCUUUGUCCCGAUGUAGUCGUAUCUUCGACUAUUUGGGGCUCAGUAUGUGAGUUUUCUUCAUCUAGCCUUCAUUAUCAAUUAUUAUAUUAUGAACAAUCAUACAUGCCAUUGUAAUUAAUUUUGGCAUAU